GAUAGACAGUUCUAUGAUUCGCACAAGGAACCGUGGACGCUGCCUUCAAAGCACACAGACAAACCGUGCUCCUCCGCCGCCGAAGACUUCGAUGAUAGCGUUAUUAUUUAACAUUUCUCUCCCACUCCCCUUUUCCCUAUACUUCCCACGAAAUGUACCACUACCACUGAGUGAAUAGAUUCGUUUUUACCAAGGGAAUUCCCGGACCUGACGCGGAAAUCGUCUUUGGAAACUUUUGCUACUCAUGCCGGGAGCAUCGCUGGUAUUGCUCAAGCACAUAACGGAUUCAAGGAGCUAGACUCCUCUCUCCAGCACUCUCCCUUCUUCAAUAGCUACUACCAGAGACACUCAUCCAUCCCGACCAUCACCAGAAGAGGAUACACUUUAUGAAUAACUUUUAUGGAAACGGGACAAGUAUUGCUGUUGAAAUAGUUGCCUAUAUUGAUAUUUUAUGAUUUAUACUUGCUCCCGAUGCAGGUGCUGUGAGAAUUGAAUGGUGUAUGAUUUAACUUUGCUCUGCAAUCUGAAAAACAUUUUUUUCAAAGGAACCAGAUAGGUUCAGGCUGUUUUGUUGCAAUUCGUAGCCUAAAUAAAAAAAAUAGGUCUGCCUCCUUGCAAUACAGACUGAAAGCCACGAUUGCCAGUGUCUGCUACAAUUGUGUUAAAACACCAUAGCUCUGUAUCCUGCAGUCAACAUGGACUCUGCUCCUAUUUUUAUCCAUAGGGUUACCGUUUAAUGGACACAUACUUAACUUAUUGACCGCGGUAUUGCAUAAGCCUAUCGAUAAUUGCAUUUAUGGGCUUAUGUUAUUUGGAAUUUACUCGCAUUAUUUCAGUCCUGUGUGUGACUGUACAAACUUUCAAUUGAUCUGCUCAACAUACCGUUCCUUCUGAGCAGUUGGCGAUUGUUGGAUCGCGCGGUCUCGCUUGAGCGCCCUGAGACCUGGAGAUUGCCCGGUUUCAGCGACCACAACGUUCACAGAGAGGACAGUUGCAAGAUCUACACAGACAACUCAACACAGACACAACGAUAACUCCGGGACGACUUGGUCAGCGGCACAACAUGUAUUCAGCGUGCCGGACACACGCUGUUUAUUUAGCCCGGCUGUGGACAAUGGCUGGAGUUUCGCCUGGACUGAGGUGGCGUGCCUCAUGGAUUUUAUUGUUUUCCCUGUUUAUCCACUACACAACAGCUCAAGAUGACGUGCCGCCCUACUUUAAGACGGAGCCGGUGCGGAGCCAGUUGCACCUGGAGCGUAACAGGCUGGUGUUGACAUGUAUGGCGGAGGGGAGCUGGCCCCUGGAGUUCAAAUGGAUCCACAAUGGCACUGAGCUCACACGCUUCUCAUUGGAGUACAGGUACCUGAUUCCCUCCCUGGACCGUUCCCAUGCUGGCUUCUACCGCUGUAUCGUCAGGAACCGUGUUGGAGCCUUACUACAGAGGAGGACUGAAGUACAGGUGGCAUUUAUGGGCAGUUUUGAAGAGGGUGAGCGUGCCCAGUCGGUCUCUCAGGGGGAGGGGGCGGUUGUUCCCGCUCCACGCAUCAGGAGCUUUCCCCAGCCGCAGGUCACAUGGUUCAGAGACGGACGCAAGAUUCCGCCCAGCAGCCGCAUAGCCAUUACCCUGGACAACACUCUGGUCAUCCUGUCCACGGUGGCCCCUGAUGCUGGACGCUACUACGUGCAGGCGGUCAACGACAAGAACGGGGAAAACAAGACCAGCCAACCCAUCACCCUGUCUGUUGACAAUGUGGGUGGUCCUGCUGACCCUAUCGCCCCCACCAUAAUCAUCCCCCCCAGGAACACCAGUGUAGUGUCAGGCACUUCUGAAGUCACCAUGGAGUGUGUCGCCAACGCCAGACCCCUGAUCAAACUCAGCAUCACAUGGAGGAAGAACAGGGUUCUGGUCACCAGUGGUCUGAGUGACUUCAACCGCAGACUGACCAUUAUCAGCCCUGUGGUCAGUGACUCAGGGUUCUAUGAGUGUGAGGUGGUCCUCCGCAGCAGCAGUGUGCCUUCUGUCAACGCUGGGGCCUACCUACAUGUUCAAGAGCCUCCCCAGUUUGUGAAGGAACCAGAGAAACACAUCACUGCUGAGAUGGAGAAAGUGGUGGAUAUCCCCUGCCAGGCACGAGGUGUGCCUCAGCCAGACAUUGUGUGGUAUAAGGACGCGGUGCCCAUCAGUCCGGUGAAGACCCCCAGGUACAGGGUGUUGGUGGGGGGCAGUCUGCAGGUCAAUGGCCUUCUGCCCGACGACACAGGAAUGUUCCAGUGUUUCGCCCGGAACCUAGCUGGAGAGGUGCAGACCAACACCUACCUGGCUGUCACUAGCAUCGCCCCUAAUAUCACAGCUGGGCCAUCCGACAGUACAGUGAUUGACGGCAUGUCAAUCAUCCUCCACUGUGAAACAUCAGGAGCUCCCAGACCGGCCAUCACCUGGCAGAAAGGUGAGCGUGUCCUGGCCAGUGGUUCUGUCCAGCUGCCCAGGUUCACCCUGCUGGAGUCAGGCAGCCUGCUCAUCUCUCCUUCCCACUUAUCAGACGCUGGCACCUAUACCUGCAUGGCCAGCAACUCCCGGGGCAUAGACGAGGCUGCUGCUGACCUGUUGGUGUGGGCUCGUACACGUAUCAACACCCCCCCUCAGGACCAGAGUGUCAUCAAAGGCACCAAGGCCACCAUGACCUGUGGAGUUACACACGACCCCAGUGUCACCGUUAGGUAUGUUUGGGAAAAGGAGGGAUCGGUCAUCAACGCCCAGUCUAUCCCCCGUAUCCGUCUGGACCCUGAUGGUACCCUUCACAUCUCCCAGACCUGGUCAGGUGACAUCGGGACCUACACCUGCAGGGUCACCUCCGUAGGGGGCAACGACUCACGCAGCGCACACCUCCGAGUCAGGCAGCUGCCCUAUGCUCCAGAGAACCCUGUGUCUCUGCUGAGCUCCUCAGAGAAGAGGGCCAUCAACCUGACAUGGGCCAAACCCUUUGACGGGAACAGCCCCCUAAUUCACUACGUCCUGGAGGUCUCCGAGAACAACGCUCCCUGGGCUAUCCUCCUGGCCAACAUAGAGCCUGAGUCGACCGCGGUGACAGUCAGUGGGCUCAUCCCAGCACGCUCCUACCAGUUCCGCCUGUGUGCCGUCAAUGACGUGGGAAAGGGCCAGUUCAGCAAGGAGACUGACCGUGUAUCUCUACCAGAGGAACCUCCCAGUGCUCCUCCCCAGAACGUGAUCGCCAGUGGCCGCACCAACCAGUCCAUCAUGAUCCAGUGGCAGCCCCCACCAGAGAGCCACCAGAACGGGAUCCUCAGAGGCUACAGCGUCCGGUACCGUCUGACAGGUCUUCCAGUGGACUACCAGAGUAAGAACAUCUCCAAACCAGACGUGACCAACCUUCUCCUGGAAGAUCUUAUCAUCUGGACCAAUUAUGAGAUUGAAGUGGCAGCCUACAAUUGGGCGGGGCUAGGAACCUUCAGCCACAAGGUCACUGAGUGGACGUUGCAGGGAGUGCCGACUAUAGCCCCCAGUAAUGUUCAGGCAGAGGCUGUCAACUCCACAACCAUCCGUAUCACCUGGGCCGCCCCUAACCCUCAGUUCAUCAACGGGAUCAACCAGGGAUACAAGCUGUUGGCAUGGGAGCCAGGUCAGGAAGAGGAGGUCACCAUGGUUACAGUGAGACCUAACUUCCAGGAUAGUGUGCAUGUGGGCUACGUGACAGGGCUGAAGAAGUUCAGAGAGUACUACACCUCUGUGCUUUGUUUCACUACGCCAGGGGAUGGACCCCGCAGCCCUGCUAAAGGCCUUAGGACACAUGAAGACACUCCUGGGGCUGUGGGUCACCUGAGCUUCACAGAUAUCCUAGACACGUCUCUCAAAGUGAGCUGGAGAGAACCUGGAGAGAAGAAUGGAGUCCUCACAGGCUACCGUAUCUCGUGGGAGGAGUUUAACCGCACCAACACACGGGUGACCCACUACCUCCCCAACGUGACCCUGGAGUACCGCGUCACGGGGCUGACCGCCCUCACCACCUACACCAUCGAGGUGGCCGGCAUGACCUCCAAGGGCCAGGGACAACUGUCCUCCUCCACCAUCUCUUCUGGAGUGCCUCCAGAGCUGCCUGGUCCUCCCACCAACAUGGCCAUCUCCAACAUCGGCCCUCGAUCCAUCACCCUCCAGUUCAAACCUGGCUAUGAUGGAAAGACCUCCAUCUCUCGCUGGCAGGUAGAGGCCCAGGUCAGUGUGAUAGGAGACAAUGAAGACUGGGUGAUUGUUCACCAGCUGCCCAACGAGCCUGAUGCCCGCUCCAUGGAGGUGCCAGGACUCAACCCAUACACUUUCUACAGGUUCCGUAUGCGUCAGGUAAACAUUGUGGGAACCAGUCCUCCAAGUCAGCCCUCCAGAAAGAUCCAGACCUUGCAGGCCCCUCCAGACAUGUCCCCCGCAAACGUCACCCUGCGCACGGCCAGCGAGACCAGUCUGUGGCUUCGAUGGGUGCCCCUACCAGAGUGGGAGUACAAUGGGAACCCAGAUCUGUUGGGCUACCGGCUCCAGUACUCCCGUACAGGCUCCCAGGGCAAGGCGCUGACCCAUGUGAUAGCUGACCGGCUGGAGAGGGAGUUCACUAUCGAGGACCUGGAGGAGUGGACAGAGUAUGAGGUCAGGGUUCAGGCUCUCAACGGUAUCGGGGCCGGGCCCUGGAGCCAGCCAGUCAGAGGGAGGACCAGGGAGUCUGUCCCUUCCUGUGGCCCUACCAACAUGUCAGCCUUCGCCACCACCUCCAGCAGUAUCCUGGUGCGCUGGGUUGAAGUACCAGAACAAGAUCGGAAUGGACUUAUCUUGGGCUACAAGGUGUUGUAUAAGGAGAAGGACUCUGACUCGUCCCUCCAGUUGUGGACAAUAGAGGGGAACGCCAGCCACAGUGUCCAGCUGACUGGUCUGGGGAAAUACGUUCUUUAUGAGAUCCAGGUCCUGGCCUUCACCCGCAUCGGAGACGGCAUGCCCAGCUCACCACUCAUACUGGAGAGGACCCUGGACGACGUGCCCGGCCCUCCAGUGGGCAUCCUGUUCCCUGAGGUCCGGACCACAUCAGUGCGUCUCAUCUGGCAGUCCCCGUCUCAGCCAAAUGGCAUUAUCCUGGCCUAUCAGAUCACGUACCGUUUGAACUCGAGCAAUAGCAACACGGCCACAGUGGACGUGCUGAACCCGAGUGCUCGUCAGUACAUGGUGACGGGCCUGAAAAGAGAUUCAAUGUAUGUGUUCCGCAUCACAGCCCAGACACGCAAGGGCUGGGGAGAGGCCGCAGAGGCACUGGUGGUCACCACUGAGAAGAGAGCUCGCCCCCAGCCCACCAAUCGUCCCAUGGUGCCCCAGAAGGAUGUUCAGGCCCGCAGUGUGUUGUUGUCAUGGGAACCAGGCAGCGACGGCCUCUCUCCGGUCCGCUACUACACCGUGCAGCUGAGAGAACUGCCCGACAGUAACUGGACUAUCCACUCUGCCUCGGUCACCCACGAGGCCAGCUCCUACAUAGUAGCUAGGCUGAAGCCCUUCACCUCCUACCAGUUUAGAGUGAAAGCCACCAACGACAUAGGAGACAGUGAAUACAGCGAGGAGAGUGAAGCUAUCACUACACUACAGGACGCCCCUGACGAAGCCCCCACAAUCCUCUCUGUCACGCCACACACAACUACAUCUGUGCUGAUUCGCUGGCAGCCUCCGUCUGAGGAGAAGAUUAACGGUAUCCUCCUGGGCUUCCGGAUACGGUACCGGGAGCUCCUGUACGACCAUCUCCGCAGUUUCUCCGUACGCACUGCCAACAGCCCCUCUGCUACCUGGGCCGAGCUCACCUCCCCCUACAGCGUGCGAAACCUGAGCGAGUCCUCUCUCACCCAGUAUGAGCUGGAUAACCUGAGCAAACACAAGCGCUAUGAGAUCAGGAUGAGUGUUUAUAAUGUCGUGGGGGAGGGACCAACUAGCACACCACAGGAAGUGUUUGUCGGAGAGGCAGUACCCACUGCCCCACCCCAGAACGUGGCCAUCCAAACAGCAACGGCCACCCAGCUGGAUGUGACGUGGGAGUCUCCUCCAUUGGACACUCAGAACGGAGACAUCCAGGGCUACAAGGUGUACUUCUGGGAGUUCCAGCGUAAGAACGAGACAGAGAGGCUGCGGACCCUGUUCUUGCCAGAGGGAGGGGUCAAGCUGAAGAACUUGACUGGAUACACCACCUACAUGAUAAGUGUGGCCCCCUUCAACGCAGCUGGGGACGGGCCCCGGAGCCCCCCGACCAGGGGCCGCACACAGCAGGCUGCCCCCAGCGCUCCCAGCUUCAUCCACUUCAGUGAGCUGACCACUACUUCAGUCAACGUGUCCUGGGGCGAGCCCACCUACCCCAACGGCAUCCUGGAGGGCUACCGGCUGGUCUACGAGCCCUGCACCCCUGUGGACGAGUCUACCGUGGCCUGUGCCGACUGUCUUCACUCCCCCUCCCCCCCAGGCGUCAGUAAGAUAGUGACGGUGGACGUCAAAGGGGCCCCGUUCUGGAUGAAGAUUAAGGAUCUGGCUGACGGGGUUACCUACAACUUCAGGAUCCGGGCCAAGACGUUCACCUAUGGGCCUGAGGUGGAGGCUAACAUCACCAUGGGGCCUGGGGAAGGAGCCCCCGGCCCCCCUGGAGAGCCCUUCAUCUCUCGCUAUGGCUCAGCUCUGACUAUCCACUGGGCUAACGGUGACCCAGGGAGGUCGCCUAUCACACGCUACGUCAUCGAGGCCAGACCCUCAGAUGAAGGCUUGUGGGAUAUCUUGAUCAAGGACAUCCCAAAGGAAGUGACGUCAUACACCUUCAACAUGGACAUUCUGAAGCAAGGAGUUAGUUAUGACUUCCGGGUCAUUGGAGUGAACGACUACGGCUACGGAUCUCCUAGUCCACCCUCAGCCUCCAUAUCUGCCAAAAAGGUGGCGCCGUUCUAUGAGGAGUGGUGGUUCCUUGUGGUGGUGGCUCUCGUGGGACUCAUCUUCAUCCUCCUACUGGUCUUCAUCCUUAUCAUCAGAGGACAGAGCAAGAAGUACGCCAAGAAGUCUGAAUCAGUGUCUCCCUAUGUGUGUUCAUCAGGGAACAACUCUAACUGUAAUGCCCUGACCCAUGGAGAUAUGGUCAGCCUGGACGAGGGACGCUUCCCCGCCCUGGAACUCAACAACCGCCGGCUGUCCGUCAAGAACUCCUUCUGCCGUAAGAACGGCGUCUACACCAGGUCUCCUCCUCGGCCCAGCCCAGGCAGUCUAAACUACUCUGAUGAGGAUUUGAGCACCACCAAGUACAACGAUCUGAUCCCGGCUGAGAGCAGCAGCCUGACCGAGAAACCAUCUGAGAUAUCAGACUCUCAGGUACCAACAGAGGCCCUCGUGUUCUCGUAUGGGACGGGUGGCCUGCGUGUGCUUCCACUAAACUGGGGCAGUGACAGUGAGUACGAGGUGGACCAGAACAGACAGAAGACCCACUCUUUCGUGAGCCACUACAUCAGUGACCCAACCUACUACAACUCCUGGCGCCGCCAACAAAAGGGCAUUUCCCGGGCUCAAGCCUACAGCUACACUGAGUCAGAGUCAGGCGACCCAGAGCCCUGCGCCCCGCCACCACCCCUGCCCCCAUUGCCACCCCAGCUCACCUCCACCACCCCUCCGCUUAAGCUCCAGACCCAGGGUCAACCUCAGGGCCUCCCACCCCAGGGCCAGGGUAGUCUCUUCAGGCCGAAAGGCAGUCGGACUCCGACCCCCUCUCAGCAGCUCUCCACCUCUACCCCCUCCAGCCACUCCAACACCCUGUCCUACUGGCCCCCCAGCAGCCCCAGCCCGGCCCCUGGAUCUCGAGCCCCAAUUGCCGGGUUCUCUUCCUUCGUUUGAUGCAGAGAGAGGGAUCCGUGCUCCCUUCUGAAAACAAAGCCCACCCCGCCACCCAAUGUGUGUUUGUUUAGAGAGUAAACACCCAACACACAACAAACAAACCCUCGAAGUCUAUCAUUUUCAUUUUGGUUUCUGUCAUGGCUGGUGUUAUUCAAAACAAUUCUUGCUUGUAUUUCUUUUUAUUACUGAGUUAUGUUUUAAGGAUCAUACUGUAUACAGACAGGACAGAAGUUACAUACUUUCUUUCAGUACUUUUUUCCUCUUGUGUGCGUGCGUGUGCUGGUAUAGUUUUAUUUUCAUUUUUUAAUGACGACAGCUACUGAGACAGCUCCUUAGAACAUGAUAGUAUCUAUUCGCUUUUCUGUUAGUGCUGCUGCUUGAUCAAGUUGCAUGAGGUUUCUUUUGGUAUUAUUUAUUUUUAUUUUUCAUUGUUACACUUCUACACACAUUCAACAAGAGAAUAAUCUAGUUAGGUUCUGUAAAAAGUCAAGAUAUUCUUGUAAAAAAAUAUCUAGAAGACGAUAAAAGUGUCAUGGUGUCGAUCCCCACUCGGAUAACAAGCACCAAUGGAAGUGGGAUCCCAAAAUGGAGCCAUACAAGCGAAUUUGAAUGAUAGACAGAGGCACAGGGUAUAGAAAGGACAAGGUGAUGAAAGUGAAAAACAAGGAGGAGGGGGGAAAUUGAGGCCGAAAUGAGCCCACCAUUAUUCUGGCGGUUUUGAGAUGCCGGGGCCUGUCCAAUUUGGCCAAAGGAAGUUUCUGUCUUCAUGUGAGACAUGUUAGUGACCUCUGCCUAAAGAUCUAUGGACCAUGAACCUCCUUGGAAUCAGCUCUCUGGCGUGGCAUAGCCUAUAGCACAUGCACAAUUGAGUCUGACAGCAUUUCGAUGUCACUGGCAAGUCACAUCUCUGUGUCUCUGUGCUGUACGUACUAUACAAGGGCCCGGUCGCCUCGCCAGGGAGGAGAUGGGAAAUGAAGGGAAAUGUACUAUAUGUCUAAAGAGAACAUUUUCAGAUUGGUCUUCAAGUUGUUUAUUUCAUUGUCCUUCAGUGUAUCAGACAUGCAUUGGUUGAUUAUAAAUAGGGAUUAAUAUUGUCCGUAAAAAUUACCACUUUUCCUUCCCGACAAACUUACAAGCCCUUCCCGGGAAUAAUGUUAUUCCCGUUCAAACCGGAAAUGCUAUUUUAAAGCAUAUAUUACCAGCAAAAAAUAUCUGACGGAGUUAUACCACUGUAAAUUGAUAAAUAUACACAGGAAUCUAACAGUUACUUGUAUUUGUUGCAUUAGACAAGUUAUCUCAGUCAACACACAUAAGUAUAUGAACCCUUUGGAAUUACCUGAAUUUCUGCAUAAAUUGGUCAUAACAUUUGUUCUGAUCUUCAUCAAAAUCACAACAAUAGACAAACACAGCCUGCUUAAACUAAUAACACACAAGCAAUUAUACGUGUAAACAUUCACAGUGCAGGGUGGGAAAGGUAUGUGAACCCUUGGAUUUAAUAACUGGUUGACCCUCCUUUGGCAGCAACAACCUCAACCAAACGUUUUCUGUAGUUGCCGAUCAGACCUGCACAACGGUCAGGAGACAUCUUGGACCACUCCUCUUUACAAAACUGUUUCAGUUCAGCAAUAUUCUUGGGAUGUCUGGUGUGAACUGCUCUCUUGAGGUCAGGCCACAGCAUCUCAAUCGGGUUCAGGUCAGGACUCUGACUGGGCCACUCCAGAAGGCUUAUUUUCUUCUGUUGAAGCCAUUCUGUUGUUGAUUUACUUCUGUGUUUUGGGUCGUUGUCCUGUUGCAUCACCCAACUUGUGUUGAGCUUCCAUUGGCGGACAAAUAGCGUUACAUUCUCCUACAAAAUGUCUUAAUAAACUUGGGAAUUCAUUUUUCCGUCGAUGAUAGCAAGUUGUCCAGGCUCUGAGGCAGCAAAGCAGCCCCAAACCAUGAUGCUCCCUCCACCAUACUUUACAGUUGGGAUGAGGUUUUGAUGUUGGUGUGCUGUGCCUUUUUUUCUCCACACAUAGUGUUGUGUGUUCCAUCCAUCCAAACAACUCAACUUUAGUUUCAUAUGUCCACAGAAUAUUUUGCCAGUAGCGGUGUGGAACAUCUAGGUGCUCUUUUGCGAACUUCAGACGUUCAGCAAUGGGUUUUUUUGGACAGCAGUGGCUUCUUUCGUGGUGUCCUCCCAUGAACGUCAUUCUUGUUUGGUGUUAUACGUAUCGUAGACUCGUCAACAGAGAUAUUCGCAUGUUCCAGAGAUUUUGGUAAGUCUUCAGCUAACACUAGAAUUCUUCUUAACCCCAGCAUUCUGCGCUGUGCUCUUGCAGUCAUAUUUGCAGGACAGCUACUCAUAGGGAGAGUAGCAACAAUGUGGAACUUUCUCCAUUUAUAGACAAUUUGUCUUACCGUGGACUGAUGAACAUCAAGGCUUUUAGAGAUACUUUUGCAACCCUUUCCAGCUUUAUGCAAGUCAACCAUUAUUAAUCUUAUGUCUUCUGAUAUGUCUUUUGUUCAAGGCAUGGUUCACAUCAGGCAAUGCUUCUUGUGAAUAGCAAACACACAUUUUGAGAGUGUUUUUUAUAGGGCAGGGCAGCUCUAACCAACAUCUCCAAUCUCGUCUCAUUGAUUGGACUCCAGGUUAGCUGACUCCUGAGCUUUUGGCAAAGUCAUUAGCCUAGAGGUUCACAUACUUUUUUCCAAACUACACUGUGAAAGUUUAAAUGAUGUAUUCAAUAUCGACAAGAAAAAAACAAUAAUUUGUAUGCUAUUAAAUUAAGCACACCGUGUUUGUCUAUUGCUGUGACUUAGAUGAAUGACCAAUUUAUCCAGAUAAUUCCAAAGGUUUCACAUACUUUUUGACACUGUAUUUUAGUUGUAAUAUAGGACAAUGAAGCACUGUUGGCCUACUGAUAAAAUAUUAUGAGCUUAUUACAGCCUAGUGAAAAUUAUAUUCAUUUUAGCCUACCAUUUACUGAAAUAUUUCAGCCAGCUUGUUGUUACUUCCCUCUCCCCUUGCACCUGGCUAUCAGUGGAUUGCAGGAAGGUUGUGGCUGUUUUUUCUUCAUGGUAAUCUGCUUAUUGUGGUGACUUGGUCUCAGGGAACAUAUCCGAUGCUGCACUAAACAAACAGAUAAGCAAAUGGCCGCAAUAGCGGCGGAGAUUCAGCACCAUGGAUGGAGCCGCAGUUUAUACAUUUCCCGCAAAUCUGACUUUAAAGUCAAGCCCGUGACCUCGCUUCUGUUAGUGUAACAUCAUGGAACAACGUUGCAAAUGUCUAUUUCCUCUUGAGCGCUUUUGCAGGCACAAUGUAUCAGCCUUUUUGUUAACAGUGAGAAGCAGUUUAUAUUUUGGAGCUUCUGCCAGUGCCACACAGCUAAAGUUAGGAGAUUUGUGAAUGUGAGAUGGAGACUGCGUUAUUACGUUGAGAGGUCGCGUGUAGCCUGCUACAGUUUCAUGAUAGUCAACAAUGCCAGUUAAAAAUUAAAAGACAUUUAUUGGGGACUUGUGUUGAGUAGACUGAAUUGGUAGGCUGCUUGUGUUGUGAUCCCUAGACUAAUGUGUGAGUGAAGUUGGAUAGUUAAAAUCCAUUUCAUGCAGAUAUUCGCACAUGAGUAUUUUGUAUUUUUCCAAAGAAAUUAUAUAUUAUUGUUCCAGAGAUCGUCAUUUUUUCUUCUCGAGAAUCGGGAAGGAGCUUGGGAUCCCUGAUUCCUGUGUUAAUCCCUAAUUAUAACAUAGUUAUUGUGAGAUCUGACACCACUUAAGAAUACAGACUGCUGAAUGGGACCUUACCAGGGUCUGCGGCACAAAUGGCACCCAAUUACCUACAUAAAUAAAUAGUGCAAAAAAUAGUGCACAUCCCACAUGUCAUUACUACUACAGGGGCUCAUCAGCCACUAUGAGCCUUCCCUUGAUCUGAUAGGUGGUGGGUGGGAAGACAUCUAAAAGCUCUACCUACCCUGCUGAUCUAACCUACCCUGUGGAGUCACGACUCACUCACAACCCUCAUCAACACACCGUCACCGCACUUGCCCAGUGGCCCACAACAACAACAUCAGACAGUGACAUUGUCCUGCUUCCACAUCAAACUAUAAAGAGUGGAAGUUAUAAAAACACAGCCAGCAUCUUAAGUGUUCUUUGAGUUCAAUGGUUCCUACAUGCGGGCACACAGAGAGGAGCAGGCUCAGACACUGGGGCCAUUUUUAAAAACAGACAGAAAAUAGACAGUUCCGCUGGUCUCCACAGAGUUUUCAAACCCAGAGUAGAUUCAAGGCAAAGUCUUAACAUGUCAUUACUUCCACCCUGUGAAAGUGAUACUGACACUUUUUAUUUUAGUCAAAAAGCAACUUUAUAUCGAAGGAGUGUUUUUGAUUUGACGGCCCGCACGUGAGCUUAGCUAGCUAACGUCGCCAUGACAUCGCCUACAAACGUGAUCGGGGAUUUCUAUUGGAGAAGCAGUUUCUGGAGGUCUUCAUCUAUAGGCCCUUUGGGAUCUCUCUCAUUUGGCUCAGAUGCUGCUCUCUGUCAGUGACAUUAUCAUGGGAAGUCUUUGAGCUCGCGCAAAGAGAUGUCAUGGAAUGGAUUCACCUCUCUCUCUCACGUUGUGUAUCAGUGAUGAUGAUGAGGAUGAAGAUGAUGACGAGCGAAAGGCACAAUGCAGGUGUGACUGACUGUAAGUCCUAUUUGAAUAUGAGACUAUUGUCUGUGCUGAUGUGUGAUUAUUGAUGAUAACACUUCUUCAACAUUAGCAUUAUCCACUGUGUGUCUGGAUACAAGAGACUGUACAGGAUUCCCAGGAGAAGAAGAGGGAGGGCAGGUAGGCACUGCCCAACUUGCGCCUGCCCUCCAUGGCCAGCUGAAAAGUCACAUACAUUUAAGUACAGACUCAGUGGUGGUGUAGUCACAGUUGUAUCAUAAUUCCAAAAUUCUCAUCUGCUUUUUUCUCUGUGGGGUGAUUUCACUGUACGCAAAAUAAGCCUAUCAUUAUACUGAAUCUGAAUGGAUAUAUGAUCACGGUACAUUUCCAAAAUAAAUUAUUUUUCAAUGGG